AUCGUUGGAGGCGUCAGGAUGUUGCAGGUUUUCUCCUAUCUCAGCUCCGAGGUCGACUGGUGCGAAGCCAACUUCGAACGCUCCGAAUAUAUUGCUGAAUAUUACAACUCGUUCAGCAACAUUGCCUUCUUCCUCCUGCCCCCCAUGAUGUUGUGGCUCAACACUGAUUAUAUCCGCUAUCGUCCAGUGCCGAUUCGGGGUUUCGUCAUCUUGCAGCUGUUUGUUGGCGUCUUCUCCUUCUAUUACCACAUGACCCUGAGUUACGCCGGGCAGCUCCUGGAUGAACUGUCCAUCAUCUGGACUCUCUGCAUCUCUUACGGCUUCUGGUUCCCCGUCCGCUAUUUCCCUUCCUUCAUCAAAAACAGGGAGCAGUUCCUCACCUUUGUGGCCGUCGUGUUGGUGACCAGCACCCUGAUGUCCUUUGUCAAGCCGGCCCUCAAUGCUUACAUCCUCAACUGCAUGGCUUUCCACCUGCUCUACCUGGCCUUCAUGGAGGUGCAGAGGUGCAGGAGCCAGGCUGUCACGCGCACGGCGUGGAUCAUGACCUUCUGGUGGGUCGUCGCCAUCAGCUGCUGGCUGGUGGACAAAUUUUUCUGCGGCUUCUGCCAAAAGCUCAACUUUUGCUACCUCCACAGUUUCUGGCACGUCUUCAUCAACAUGGCCAUCCUGCAUUGCGUCACCCUCAUCCUCUUCUUAGACAUCAACCAGGACCUGCCCAGCAGUGAGCCCUCCAUAGAGUACUGGCCUAGCAGCAAGUUCCUGUUGGCGCUGCCCCACGUCAAAAUCCAGAAGCCCCUGAAAUGGUGCUAGCGGCGUGGCUGGAGGGUCAGCUGGGGGCAGGCGGGGAGGACCCACCCCAUUGGGUCCUCCAGGAUUGGACCAGAAGCCUCGGAGAGCCCGGGAAGGAGGCGGCAGGGACCGUCUACAGGCCGCCUCAUCCCCGCACUGUGCCCUCGAGCGCUUGCGCAUUCACCCCUCCGAAAGGAAAAAGACAAAUCAGAGACCAGAAAUUCACCAGAAACUCAAUUUAUCUUCUCUAAAAAUGUCUGCUGCUCUCCAAAAAUAUAUGUGGAGAUUCUCCGUCGUUCGGGGUCCUGGUUGUCCCAAAGGUGCUUUUUUUCAAGGAGCAACUGAACCUUCUGGUUUUUCUUUGAAGAUGUUUCACUUCUCAUCCAAGAAGCUUCUUUGCUCUCUCCAAAAACAUGAGAUAUAGAGCUGGAAGGGACCCUGGAGGUCCUCUAGUCCCACCCCUGGCUCAAGCAGGAGACCCUAUAGCAUUUCGGACAGGUGGCCCUCCAGUCUUAAGUACGUUUUAUCCAGCCAGUUACAAAUCCAUCUGGUGGUGAUGCUGUCUAUCCCACAUUUUUCUAGCUUACCGAGAAAUAGGUUGUGGUCUACUUUGUCGAAUGCCUUGCUCAAGUCUAAGUAUACGAUCUCCACAGCAUUUCGCUGGUUUACCAAUUUAAUCACUUUGUCAAAGGACGAAAUCCGAUUGGUUUGGCACGAUCUGUUUUUAACCAACCCGUGCUGGCUACUAGUUACAACCUUAUUUGUAACUUCACAAAUCUGUUUAUUGAUUCUUUUUUCCCAGUAUCUUCCCAGGCAGUUUUUUAAAGUGUUUUUUUUUUAAAAAGUCCCGUAUCCUAAAUCGCAGUCUGGCAGCCACUUCAGACCCAAUUAAGGGACGUUUGCUUGAUAAGGCCAUUCCAUUUAAAGGCAGAAAAACUCAAGCGGGAGACCCCGUAUCACGGGUGUCAAACUCAAGGCCCGCGGGCCGGAUCCGACCUGCGAUGUGGUCAGAUUCGACCUGCAGGGCCAUUCUGGUCUACCCAGUGCAAAGAGGAAACAUGCCAGCAGUUUGGGGAGUGGUCUCAAAAUGCCACGCCUACCCAAUUGGACACACCCAUCCAGCCGGCCACACCUACAUCCCACUCCCCUCCUCCCAACCCCCGAGAUCAACCACAGCCCUGAUGCGGCCCUCAAUGACUUUGAUACCCCUGCCCUAGACCAUUUCAGACAAUUGAUUUUUCUUUUCCUAAAAAAAAAAAACAACCCUGCAAGGACUGCCUUGGCUUGGCUUUUCUGGCAGCUUGUCGUGUCCCACUCCUCCGCUGACGGCCGGGUCAGGGAAGUCCGUAUCAAGCGUGCCUCUGCAGCUUUGCCAAAGUCCUAUCAGAGUUCUCAAGGCAGGCAGGAGUCCAAGAUGUGACUUCAGCAAGCCAAGUUAGACUUUGCCUGACUCAGAGAAUGCCAGAAAGCAGAUCCUUUAUAUAGGCCAUGGGGUGUGGCUCCAUGACUCAGCACUUAUCCAGGCCUGCCCCUCCCUUCCUUUUGCUGACGUCGCCUCUCGACUCUCCGGAAGCAUGGGUCCCUCCAGCCUCCAGCUGCCGGUAAUUCCAGCUCGUGACUGGCUUCACAUUCUUCAGGCUCACAUGCUGUGGGGGAGGGGUUUAGUUGCUCCGUUUGCCUGGGCAUGGUGCCAGGACUGGGGGCUGAAGGCACAUCAGGCCCUUCGUCUUGCUCGGCCUGUCCGGGCAUGGUGCCAGGGCUGGGGCCUGGAGGCAUGCCAGGACAUUCUUCCGAACUAUCAGCGUCCGGCAGGAGAUAAGAGGGGCCCGGCUGCGGCAGGGGGAGCGGGCGAGACACAACACAGCUGCAGCACAGUGCUGGCUCAAUAGUAGUCUAUUAGGACGCCUAGUGUAGGUCCCUCUCACAGGUACGAUGGUAGAGCCAGGUGGUACCUA